ACCCAAGAACUGUUUCAUGAAAAAACAAUGGAAAGGCAAGGACAUGAGCAUAAGCCAAAGCCCUCUGCUCCUUCCAUCUCGGACGGUGUCCAAGGUCACGAGAGCUAUCGAGUGAUUCACAGUUUCGUUGAAGCACCAAAUUUGGCGUUGAGCGAAUGGGUCGAGAGAUUGUACAGAGAUUCUUGCCACCGGCUGCGAUCGCCAUCAUCACGGCCAUGACCUUCUUUUUCUGGUCCCAUCAGUCCAGAAGGGCUAGAGUAAAUUCGGAGAGGUCUGAUUCGGACGACGGUAAGGAUGAUGCUUCGCCUCCACCGCCGGUGAGGGAAGACGGAUUCCAGUAUGAUGUGUUUCUGAGCUUUAGGGGACCAGACACUCGCAAGGGCUUCACAGGCCAUCUCUACCAAGCAUUGAAAGAGAAGGGCAUAAUCACUUUCAUCGACAGUGAGACGCUGGAGAAGGGGCAAAAUGUGGAGGAGCUAUACGGGUGCAUCGAGAGAUCGAAAAUCUUGGUGCCCAUCUUCUCUAAAGGCUAUGCUGAUUCAAAGUGGUGUCUGAAGGAGAUACACAAGAUGGUAAAGUGCAAUAGGCUGAUCUUACCGGUCUUCUUUGAUGUGAAUCCAAAAGUCGUCUGUCAUCAAAUUGGCUCUUUUGAACGUCCAUUUAGGAGGUAUCGUAAGAGUGAAGGAAUAGACAAGGGGGAGGGUCUUGACAAGUUGGAAGAACUACAUCUCAGUGGUUGUGAAAACCUCGUCAGGUGUCCACUUUUUUCGAGCAAUAUGACACACUUACGGACAUUGGACUUUGGAGAUUGUGCUAACAUGACUGAACUUGAUCCAUCUAUUGGGCAUCUCAAGAACUUGACCGACCUGAAUUUGAGGUACAGCAAAUCACUGAAGGAACUGCCUCAAGAAGUUUCUCAAUUGACCUCACUCACAUGGCUUAACCUCACUGGAUGUCACCAAAUUACAGCACUGCCUAAAUCCAUGAGCUGCUUGAAGCAACUGAAGCGGCUGUCCCUACAGCAGUGUUCCUCGUUGACAGAAAUACCUGAAUGCAUUUGUUCCUUUCUCAAUCUUGAAGAACUAGAUGCUUCACACUGUCAACGUAUUGCUUUUUUGCCAAACUGGAUUGGAAAGCUUAAAAGCCUGAAACAGCUUGAUUUGAGUUGGACAGCCAUUGAAGAGCUUCCACAUUCCAUUGUGUCGCUAGAGAACCUUGAGAUGCUUUCAGUUGCUCAUUGCGGAAAGCUUGAGGACGUUCCUGGCAUUACGCAGAUGAAAUUGUUACGGGCAUUGGGCCUUUUAGGAUGUAGAAGCCUUCACGACUCAUUCUUGGAACGACUUCAGGAAGUAAACUUUCAAAAUCUAGGAGUUUUCUCCAUCCCAGGGAGGAGGCUGUUGUCAUAUCCACAGUCCCUCUCUUUCCUUCUUCCCAAGCAGUUCGAGACAGGCAUCUUGUACUUGCAUGUAGAUAAAAGCAGCUUGGACAACAUUUGCUCGGAACUAGACAAAAAUGGUGGCCCUGAAGGGGAAGACGAGAGCAUUAGAAGUGAGGAAUAUAGAAACAUGGACAGCGAAGAUGAAAGCCUUAAAAUUGAGGAAGAUAGAAACAUGGACAGCGAAGAUGAAAGCCUUAAAAUUGAGGAAGAUAGAAACAUGGACAGCAAUGACUCGGAACUUGUUUAUAAAAGCAUUCCAACUGAUGAAGUUAUAGACAGGCAGCCGGGCAGAGUUGUUUUGAUAGAGAUAACGACAGGUGAUGCUAAAUUCCAGUUUUCAGCUUUAAUUGAAUUUAAAUGGCACGAAACUGGUAGUGAAGAGGAGGAAUUUAGGAAGUUGCCCACGGCUACAUUUGGACGCCAUAGCGAGCUGAUGAAGAUGGCAAGGCAAGGGGAAUUUGAGGGAAAUGAUGACGACCGGCGGAGGACGAUGAUGACUAUGCGUGUGUCCAUCGAUGGUUGCGACCUACUCCACGGUGAUUUAUUCACAUAUGCGAAAAAUUGCGUUGAAUGGUUAGAUCACGAUCCGAUUAAAGCUGACGAUAAUUUAGUUAUUGUGGAAUUUGGUCGGCCAUUUUAAGAGCAAGCCAACAUAACAUAAAGGCCAGAACUGGAAAAGUCAAAGGAUGCGAAUUGGAUCCAAGUGGCGGCCAAAUGGAUCUCAUUCUUAGCAUUGAGGUGUUGUGGAACUGAUAAUAACGUGUGUUCCCCCGUUUGACGAAGUUCGUAUAUAGGUUUCAUUGAUAUACUAUUUGAUAGUAUUUACAUAAUAAACAUCAACCCUUGAAAAUUUCUUA